CGACAAUGGUACGAGUGUUACUGUUGCUCUUGACUGUGGCUUUUGUUAAAGCGGAUGGCGAUUUUUCUGAGUUGACGGACCCGGCAUGGCGAGAUGUGAUAGAAAAUGGAGGGCUGCACAUCGGAAGCGGAAGAACUAAGCGAUUCAUCCAGCUAAACACUAACCAGGCUAACAUCCCCUACCAGUCAUGCACACUGCCAAACGGAAAGGCAGGUCGAUGCAGACAACUCCGGCACUGCAUUCAAGAGGACUUCAAGAAAGAUUACCUUGUCUUUAUGGAUUACGUAUGUGUAAUCGAAAGGAGUUCGAUCGGUGUUUGCUGCCCUGAGAAUGAAGUUAAAGAAGGCAUAGAGGCUCUGGCUGGAGAUCUUCCUGCUACCGCUCCUAAGAACGAAGAUGACGAAAUCCUGCUGAAAAUAAACAGAGCAGAAAAUAGAGGUUGCGGUCUAAGCACUCGCGCUCAAGGUAGAAUCACUGGGUCCAGACCGGCUAAUCCUCGUGAAUGGCCAUGGAUGGCGUCGAUCACGCCAUACGGAUUCGAACAGUAUUGCGGUGGGGUCCUCAUCACUGAUCGACACGUGUUAACGGCCGCGCAUUGUACAAGAAGAUGGGACGCCGACGAAUUAUACGUACGACUUGGUGAAUACGACCUGCAGCGCACUAACGACUCCCGCUCUUACAAUUUUAAAGUGGUGGAGAAGAUCCAGCAUCCUAACUUCGAGCUGUCGAGCUAUCAUAACGACAUCGCCAUUCUGAAGCUCCACAGGCCAGCUGUGUUUAAUACAUACGUUUGGCCAAUUUGUCUACCGCCUGCAGAUUUGGAUCUUACUAAUGAAAUCGCUACAGUCAUUGGAUGGGGAACUCAGUGGUACGGUGGUCCUCACAGCAACGUGCUCAUGGAAGUGUCGGUACCUGUUUGGGAUCACCAGAAAUGCGUAGAUGCGUUCGUCGAUUCCGUGUUCACCGAAACCGUCUGCGCUGGUGGACUUGAAGGCGGAAAGGAUGCCUGUCAGGGCGAUAGCGGAGGCCCGUUAAUGUACCAGAUGUCAAGUGGACGUUGGGCAGUAGUCGGUGUUGUGUCCUGGGGUCUGCGUUGUGGGGAGCCUAACCAUCCCGGUCUAUACGCUCGGGUCGAUAAAUAUUUAGACUGGAUCCUAUUGAAUUCUCGCUUCUAAAGUCUGGACAGAAAGGCUCUGGAGUAAACGCAUUAUGCCCAGAAGUCAGAUAUCAUGCUAGUUUUAUUAAUUUAAACUCAAGCGCCAAUAAACAAAAUACAAUCGAACUGAUAAUUU